AAAGGAUUUCUAAAUUUCACAUGCACCUGCCUGUGAUGAUGUCGUGCGUGCAUAUAGUCCGGGGAAGAUGCCCUUCGUCGUCGAAGAGAGAGUUUUAUAUACACUUGGAAGUGACCCAGACCUCCUGCCACUGCGACGGACAGUAGGCCAAAGGAAGAGUCGUCACAGAGAAGGACGGGUAGCCAAGGGCUGUCUAGUACACCUCACGCCCCGAGGAAGAAGAGGUCGGUUCUGGAGCUCCUGCCUGGCGGAGUAGUAAGGUCGACCUCUAGUCUCCUGCUGCCGUCUACACAUCAACUGCAGAAACACUCCUACAUUGACUCAGGU